GCCUGCUGGAGCCUAGAUGUUGACAUGUAACAGAGCCGGCAGCAGGAUGGUGGUUGACGCAGCCAAUUCCAAUGGGCCGUUCCAGCCCGUGGCCCUUUUGCAUAUUAGAGAUGUUCCUCCUGCUGAUCAAGAAAAGCUUUUUAUCCAGAAGUUACGACAAUGUUGUGUACUUUUUGACUUUGUUUCUGAUCCACUAAGUGACCUAAAGUGGAAGGAAGUAAAACGAGCAGCUUUAAGUGAAAUGGUAGAAUAUAUCACACACAAUCGCAAUGUGAUUACAGAACCUAUUUACCCUGAAGUAGUACAUAUGUUUGCAGUUAAUAUGUUUCGAACAUUACCACCAUCUUCCAAUCCAACGGGAGCAGAAUUUGAUCCAGAGGAAGAUGAACCAACCUUAGAAGCUGCAUGGCCUCAUCUACAGCUUGUUUAUGAAUUUUUCUUAAGGUUUUUAGAAUCUCCGGAUUUCCAACCUAAUAUAGCUAAGAAAUAUAUUGAUCAGAAGUUUGUAUUACAGCUUUUAGAGCUCUUUGACAGUGAAGAUCCUCGUGAAAGAGAUUUUCUUAAAACAACUCUUCACAGAAUAUAUGGGAAAUUCUUAGGCCUAAGAGCUUACAUCCGGAAACAAAUUAAUAAUAUAUUUUAUAGGUUUAUUUAUGAAACAGAACAUCACAAUGGCAUAGCAGAAUUACUGGAAAUACUGGGAAGCAUUAUUAAUGGAUUUGCCUUACCAUUAAAAGAAGAGCACAAAAUAUUCCUAUUGAAGGUUUUGUUACCAUUGCACAAAGUGAAAUCACUCAGUGUCUACCAUCCACAGCUGGCGUACUGUGUAGUUCAAUUUUUAGAAAAGGACAGCACGCUUACAGAACCAGUUGUAAUGGCACUGCUGAAGUACUGGCCAAAGACUCACAGUCCAAAAGAAGUCAUGUUUUUAAAUGAACUAGAAGAAAUUUUAGAUGUUAUUGAACCAUCUGAAUUUGUGAAAGUUAUGGAGCCUCUUUUCAGACAGCUAGCCAAAUGUGUGUCCAGUCCACACUUUCAGGUUGCGGAGCGAGCAUUAUACUACUGGAAUAAUGAAUAUAUUAUGAGUUUAAUUAGUGACAAUGCGGCAAAGAUUUUACCCAUCAUGUUUCCAUCCUUGUACCGGAAUUCAAAGACGCAUUGGAACAAGUAAGAAACCCUU